AUGUCUGCCAAGGUUGUCGCACUUGCCGGAGCCAACGGUUUCGUUGGCAAGGCCUUUGCCCAAGAGUUCCUCAAACAAGGACUUGAGCUGCGCAUUCUCACUCGCGCCGACUCGAUCAAUUCGGCUCCUCUUCAAGAGUUCAAGUCCCAAGGAGCGUCCCUCCAUGCCGUCUCCUAUGACGACGAAGCCAGCUUGACCAAGGCUCUCGAGGGCGUCGAUGUAGUAGUCUCGACCGUUGCCGGUACCGCACUCGUCUCUGCGCAAGUUCCUCUUAUCCACGCUGCAAAGGCUGCGGGCGUCAAGCUGUUCUUCCCUAGCGAGUACGGAAGUACCUUCGAGGGUCCAGCCAAUCCAUCGCCUGUGAUUCAGUCCAAGAAAAAGGUUAUCAAGGCUGCUCAGGAUGCCGGUCUGCCAUUUGCCGCGCUGAGCAAUGGAGGGUUCCCCGAGUAUUGCUUCAUCCCGCCUCUUGGAUACAGCUUUGCAGAGAAAAAGGUUACUGUUUGGGGAGAUGGAAAUGCAAAGAGCACUUGGACAACCGUGCAUUCGGUCGGAGACUGGCUUGCCAAUGUACUCAAGACUGUACCCAUCUCUCAGCUCGAAAAUAAGCACUUGAUUAUACAAGGCAACGUCGCGACCGCCAAUGAGGUGAUCAAGUUGUGGGAGCAGAAGCAUAACGCUAAGCUCGAGGUCGACUAUCGGUCCGCCAAGGAACUCGACGACCGAGUAAACGCCAGUGCCGAAGAUUUCCUUGCUAUCCUGCUCCAGGAAUGGGCAUCGGGUCGUGGUGAGCUUGGGGGCAAGGAUAACAGUCUAUAUCCUGGAUGGAAGCCGGAUACUAUCGAGAGUGUUGUCUGA